AUAAUAUGUAGACUGCUCUCGCCUGUGUGCGGAUGUGCCAUUGUUUCUACCUUUCUAUACGAACAAGAGAUUACAAGAGUAGGCGCUUUUCAUGCGUGAGAUCUUGUCGACUUGACCAGACCCGUGGACCUUUGCCCAAGGGAAUCGAAAGAAGAGAAAGGGAGGGGAACACAAUGGCCACAACAGCUCUUCUAGUCUGCGACAUACAAAACGGCAUUGUCGACCGGGUCCAAAGCCAGGACACCGAGUCGUUCCUCCAGCGCCUGUCCGAAACAAUCGAAGCAGCACGCAAGGCUGGGAUCCAAGUCAUCUACGUGAGGGUGGCAUUUCGGCCUGGAUGCCCCGAGGCAUCACUACGCAACGCGUCGUUCGCGCGGAUCAAAGCCCACGGGGGAUUCACAGAGAGCGAUGCGUCGACGCAAAUCCAUGCUGCUGUGGCGCCGCGGGAGGGCGACAUCGUAGUCACCAAGCGGCGGGUGUCUGCGCUCUACGGCACGGAUCUGGACCUCAUCCUUCGAAGUCUCGGCAUCGAAACACUGGUCAUCAGCGGCCUCAGUACGAGCGGCGUGGUUAUGUCGACGGUGCGUCAGGGGGCGGACAUGGACUACAAACUGGUGGUGCUGGAGGAUCUGUGCCAGGAUACGGAGCAGGAGAUGCACGAUGCGGCGAUGAAGGUCAUUGGGAAGCAAGCGCAGGUGGUCGGCUCGGCAGGUUGGGUUGCUCAGUUGUAG